GCCCCCUUCCCACUCUCAAUCCACAACAGAGACCCAUAAACUGUAUUUCAGGAAAUUUGUUGGUUUGCAACAGUAGUACAGUGCAAUUCAUUAAGAAAUAUUAUUAUAGACUUUAAUUAGAAGUAACUCCGCCAUGCACGGUCCCAAGCCUGGCUGCAAAAGUGGGAGAGAUGUGCAUGGGGGCCAGCUACCCCGUCCGGUAAAAACACAGAGCUAUAGAAAUGGCGACAGAAUCUCCAAAGACCUCACAUAACCAUAGAACAUUACAGCACAGAAACAGGCCCUUUGGCCCUUCUUGGCUGUGCCAGACCAUUUCUCUGCCUAGUCCCACUGACCUGCACCCGGACCAUAUCCCUCCAUACACCUCCCAUCCAUGUAUCUGUGCAAUUUAUUCUUAAAUGUUAAAAAAGAACCCGCACUUACCACCUCGUCUGGCAGCUCAUUCCACACUCCCACCACUCCCUGUGUGAAGAAGUUCCCUUUAAACUUCUCCCCCCUUCACCCUUAACCCAUGCCCUCUGGUUUUUUCCACCCACAGCCUCAGUGGAAAAAGCCUGCUUGCAUUCACUCUAUCUAUACCCAUCAUUAUUUUAUACACCUCUAUCAAAUCUCCCCUAAUUCUUCUACGCUCCAGGGAAUAAAAUCCUCACCUAUUCAACCUUUCUCUGUAACUGAGUUUCUCAAGUCCUGGCAACAUCCUCGUAAACCUUCUCUGCACUCUUUCAACCUUAUUUAUAUCCUUCCUGUAAUUUGGCGACCGAAACUGCGCACAAUACUCCAAAUUCGGCCUCACCAAUGCCUUAUACAACCUCUCCAUAACGUUCCAACUGUUAUACUCAAUACUUUGGAUUUAUAAAGGCCAAGGUACCAAAAGCUCUCUUUACCACCUCGUCUGGGAGGAGGGGGAGCACAGGAAAAGACAGGAAAGAAUUAAGAUGAUGUUCAUGGGGGGGGCAUUGGGAUUCUGAUGGUAGAGGGGAAGAAGCUGCUCCUAAACCACUCAAGAGUGCGUGCCUUCAGGCUCCUGUAUGUCCGCCCUGAUGACAGUAAUGAGAGGAGGGCAUGCCCUGGGUGGUGGGGGUCCUUACUGAUCUUUUUUGAGGUCUUUUGAAGACGUCCUCAAUGCUGGGGGGGGGGGGAGGGGGAGGCCAGUCCUUUGUGACGGAGCUGGCCGAGUUUACAACUCCCCGCAUCUUCCUCCGGUCCUGUGCCGCAGCCCCUCCACAGCAGAUGAUGAUGCAACCAGCCACAAGAUCGUCUUCAAUUAAUAUUUCAAUAUUCGCCAGAUUUCAAUGAGACCACCCCCACCCGCCCCCCUCCAUUCCUCGUAAACUCCGGCGAGAACAGUCCCUGAGCCAUCAAAUUAGCCGGGGCAUCAAAGGGCGUGGGGAGAAGGCAGGGGAGAGGGAAUGACUGGAGGAAUUGGAUCAGCCCAUGAUUGAAUGGUGGAGCAGACUCGACGGGCCGAACGGCCCACUCCUGCUCCUACAGCUUAUGGUCUUAUUUGCUGCUCCUUCUCCUGGAUCUUCACUGGACUUACUUGAACAAAGGGGCCCAACGCGGCUGGCAACACUCCAGGCGCGGUCCGACCAGUGCCUCGCAAAGCCUCAUCGUCACACCCUCGCCCUCGUAUUCCAGUCCUCUCGGAACGAGUGCCGGCAUGGCAUUUGGUCGGCCUCCACCUGCAGGUCCUUCCGGGAGCCCUUGCACGACGACUCCCAAUUCCCUCUGCGCCUCGGAAACCCGGAAUGCUGUCCGUGGUACGUCUGCAGAGGUUUGCUAAACGUCCUACUGACAUCAGCUGAAGGCGAGACGGUCGCUCCUCGUUAAUAUCGAUAGUACUGUCUUGACAGCAGCCGACUCCCAGGCAGACUCCCUGCACGAUAUUGCGUCCCGUUGAAAUCUGACAGCAGAGGGGAAGAAGCUGUUCCUGAAUCGCUGAGUGUGUGUCUUCAGGCUCCUGUACCUCCUCCCUGAUGGCAGAGGGGAAGGAGCUGUUCCUGAAUCGUUGUGUGUGUGUCUUCAGGCUCCUGUACCUCCUCCCUGAUGGCAGAGGGGAAGGAGCUGUUCCUGAAUCGCUGAGUGUGUGUCUUCAGGCUCCUGUACCUCCUCCCUGAUGGCAGAGGGGAAGGAGCUGUUCCUGAAUCGUUGAGUGUGUGUCUUCAGGCUCCUGUACCUCCUCCCUGAUGGCAGAGGGGAAGAAGCUGUUCCUGAAUCGCUGAGUGUGUGUCUUCAGGCUCCUAUACCUCCUCCCUGAUGGCAGAGGGGAAGAAGCUGUUCCUGAAUCGUUGAGUGUGUGUCUUCAGGCUCCUGUACCUCCUCCCUGAUGGCAGAGGGGAAGAAGCUGUUCCUGAAUCACUGAGUGUGUGUCUUCAGGCUCCUGUACCUCCUCCCUGAUGGCAGAGGGGAAGAAGCUGUUCCUGAAUCGUUGAGUGUGUGUCUUCAGGCUCCUGUACCUCCUCCCUGAUGGCAGAGGGGAAGAAGCUGUUCCUGAAUCGUUGAGUGUGUGUCUUCAGGCUCCUGUACCUCCUCCCUGAUGGCAGAGGGGAAGAAGCUGUUCCUGAAUCGUUGAGUGUGUGUCUUCAGGCUCAUGUACCUCCUCCCUAACAAGAAAAGGUCAUGUCCUAGGCGAUGGCGUGAGGGGUCCUUCAUAGUGGACACUGCCUUUUUGUGGUGUUGCCUUUAUAAAGUACAAUUGGAGUCACGAAAGUCUGCGCCUGGCGACCCAGGUUCACCCUAGGGUAAAGGUCUGCAGAGACCAUAAGGCCAUUCAGCCCAUCGAGCCUGCUCCACCAUUCCACAUUGGCUGAUUUAUUACCCCUCUCAAGCCCAUACUCUCUAUAACCUUUGACACUAGGGCUAAUCAAGAAUCUAUUAACCUCUGCUUUAAAUCCUGCACUGUAGGAAACAUCCUCUCCACAUCCUCUCUAUCUGUGUCCUCUGGUCCUAGACUCCCCCACUAUAGGAAACAUUUUCUCCACAUUCUCUCUAUCUGUGUCCUCUGGUCCUAGACUCCCCCACUAUAGGAAACAUCCUCUCCACAUCCACUCUAUCUGUGCCCUCUGGUCCUAGACUCCCCCACUGUAGGAAACAUCCUCUCCACAUCCACUCUAUCCGUGUCCUCUGGUCCUAGACUCCCCCCAAUAUAGGAAACUCCUCUCCACAUCCACUCUAUCUGUGCCCUCUAGUCCUAGACUCCCCCACAAUAGGAAACAUCCUCUCCACAUCCACUCUAUCUAUGCCGUCUGGUCCUAGACUCCCCGACUAUAGGAAACAUCCUCUCCACAUCCACUCUAUCUGUGCCCUCUGGUCCUAGACUCCCCCACUAUAGGAAACAUCCUCUCCACAUCCACUCUAUCUGCACCCUCUGGUCCUAGACUCUCCCCAGUAUAGGAAACAUCCUCUCCACGUCCACUCUGCUGGAGACUUUCAAAAUCCAAUAGGUUUCAAUGAGAUCCCAAACCCCCACUCCCAUCAUUCUUCCAGUGAGGACAGGCCCAGAGCCAUCAAGUGCACCUCAUAGAUUAAUCCUUAUGUUAACCGGGACCGAGUCGCCUCAGAUGUUAACUGGGAAAGGCUGAGCACUGACAUGGGGCAGAAUCUCUCCGGCCCUGAAACUGAACGGGUUUCCCUUUCUGUUUUGACCCUUUAGGCGAGAGAAGCUACUGGAAGGAGCCGCCUCUGGGCCCCAAAGUCCCGGCGGGGUGCACCGACAAGACCGAGCAGGCGGCCACCGCCCUCCUGCGCAACGCGUACUUUGCGGCCAAGGAGAUGCUCCCCAGCUCCUCGGUCGGGGCCCUGAACGAGCUGUGCCUGCUCCAGGGCCCGGGAGACCUGGCCGGCCAGCUCAGCGCCUGCCAGCGCCGCAGGCCGGUCGAGGGGUUCCAGCGGGCCAUCGCCGCCGUGCUGGAGGGGUCAGUCCUGGAGCGGGUGCGCUCGCUGAACUGCUACAGCGUCCUGAUCGACGUGCCCCAGGACCGCCGCGCCCGGCCCCGCCUCUUCCUCUACCUGCGGGUCGUGGAGGGCGCCCGGGCCGCGUACGAGCCCCGGACCUACCUGCUGUCGGUCGAGGAGGUGCCGGGGGAGGCCACGGCGGAGGCGAUCGCGGCGGCGGUGAGCCGGGCACUGACCCGGAAGGGCCUGGACCCGAGGCUGAUGUGCGGCCUGGCGCUGGACGGCACGGCCCUCUCAGCCGAGUGCCGGGACGGCGUGGAGGCCGAGCUGAGGGCCCGGGCGCCCGGCCUGCUGUGCAUCCGCUGCCUGGCCCACAGGCUGACCCUGAGCGGCGCGACGGCGGCCGACACCGUCCCCUACCUGGUGAAGUACCGGCGGGUCCUCAACUCCCUCUACGCGCACCUCGCCGAGCUGCCCCGCGGCGGGGGCGGUCUGGAGGCCGUGGAGGAGGCCCUGGGCCUGCGGGACGAGCAGAGCAGGGACUCCACCCUGCCUGACUGGCUGGCCGCCAGGGCUCCACUGGAAGCCGUCCUCCGCAACUUCGGCAGGCUCGUCCCUCUGCUCCGCGAGGGGGGCUCGGCCGCGGGUGCCGGGCUGGCCAAGACCCUCUGCACCUACAAGUUCCUGCACUGCAGCCACUUCCUGGCAGACGUCCUCCACCAGCUCUCCAUCCUGGGGAAGAGCUACCAGAGGCCGGACCCCGACUUCUCCAUCGUCCACCCCCUGCUGAAGUCGACGGUGACCACCGUCAGUAAACCGGGCGCCGGGGAGGCGCUGAAACACUUCCUGGCCGCCCUGCCGGCCGGCGCCUGCCCGCCCGACGGCUCCUUCACCUUCCGGGGGCAGGUGAUCAGGGACGGCUCCCGGCAGCGGGCCGAGGCGGAGGCCGCCUGCGCCGCCUUCCUGGAGAGCCUCACGCGGGACCUGAGGGCCAGGUUCUCGGAGGCCGGAGACGCCGACGUGGUGACGGCCAUGACGGCGGUCUUCGACCCGGCCCACCCGCCGGACUCCAAGACCCGGCACGUCCACACCCUGACCGGCUACCUGUCGGGCCUGGGCGGCCAGGGCCGGGGGGAAGGGGAGCACUUCCCGAUGAGCUGCCGGCAGGAGCUGGUCAGCUUCCUGGACUUCGUGGAGUCCCGGCCGGGCGUGCGGGCCCUGGGCAGCGUCGGCGACGUGUGCCGCCUGGCCCUCGGGCAGAGGCUCACGUUCCCACUGGUGGGCUCGCUGGCGGAGCGCUUCCUCAGCCUGCCCACCCCCUCCGACCAGCUGGGGCUGCUCUUCGGCAGGCAGCGGGCGCUGAGGGACCGGCUGGGGGGCUCGCUGUCCGCCGAGGCGCUGGACAACCUGCUCAGGAUCGCCGUGCACGGGCCUCCCAUCAGGGAGUUCGACUUCAAGGCCGCCUUGCAGCAGCUGAAACUCCAGGAGAAGUGACUUCAAAACUGGGCCGGGUGGGCUGCUGCUCGCACAGGGUCGCGCUCGCAGCCGCUGGCUACAAGCCAGUCUCUCGCCAGACCCUAGGACUCUGCUUCGCAAAAUGCUCAGAAAUUCUAGAUAAAAUACUUGCGAUCCGACCAAAAACUCUCCCUCGCCCCUGUUUAUUUCAAAAUGAGUCGACGCUGUUAAGGAUUAAGAGACUACAUCGAUGCGCAAAGCGCGGCGCGCUGCCUGUAUUGACGAGCGCCACCGUAGCCCUCCCGCAAGGUACGAACCCUAACCCGUGCGCCUCUGGAAGGUGGAAGGGGAACCGGGGAACGUACAAACCCUGUACAGACAGCGCCAGGCGUUGUAGCCCGUGUCCCCGACCAACCGUGCCGCCCCCCCGGGACCGCGCCCGGCUGCCCGGUGACAUGAGCGCGUACCAGCGUCCGAAAUGGAAGUAAUUCUGGGCAGCGUACCCGCAGAGCGGGACGGCAGCGUGGCGCCCUUUACAGCUCGGGUCGCCAGACUGCGGGGUCAUCCGCAAGGAGCCUCCACACUGUCCUCCGUGAACCGCGUGGGUUUCCUCCCACGGUCCGAAGACGUACCGGCUGGGCGGCUAAUCGGUCACUGUCAACUGUCCCGCGAUUCGGCGAGGGUUUAAAUCGCGGGGUUGCUGAGCGGGUCUGCACUGUUUUUAAAAGCAGGAAAAAAGCACUUGUGAUCGCAUCGCAGACACGAGGGAAUCUGCAGACGCUGGAAAUCCAGAGCAACGCCGGAGGAACUCAGCGGGCCAGGCAGCGCCUGCGGAGAAGAGUAAACAGUCGACGUUUCGGGCCCGGAACCGAAGUCCCGCCGCAGGGUCUCGGCCCGAAGCGUCGUCUGUUCCCACUUUCCCCCACAGACGCUGCCUGGCGUGCUGAGUUCCCCCAGCGUUUCGUGCGCGUUGCUCGGUGAUCGAUCCCAUCAACAGUUUUCCUUCACUGAUUUCAUUUCCGGUACACCCUAUGUUAAAGAUCAGCUUUAUUUGUCACAGAUACAUGCGGCGAAAAGCAUCGUCUAAUCAAUGGCCAACACAGCCUGAGGUUGUUCUGGGCUGCGAGCGUCGACACUUUUUCGGCGCCAACGUAGCCUGCCAACAACUUAGCUGGAAACGCAUGCGGUCGCGGGGAGAACAUACAAACUCCUUACAGCCCACGGCGGGAAUUGAACCCCGACCUCCGGCACCGUUAACACGACCCGCCGAACUACCGCGCUACUCCUGGAUUAGACACGGCUUCUCAGUGGGUAAAAGUACUUGUGAUCUGACCAAAAACUCUCUCUUGCUCUUUUUUUAAUUUCAAACAACUCGACGAUAUCAAUGGUCAAGGAACAAUCAGCUGGCGGGACUCAGUGGGUCAAAGUUCAGAGUAAUUUUUUUAAAAUCAAAGUACAUACGCGUCACCACAUACAACCCUGAGAUUCAUUUUCUUGUGGGCAUACUCAAUAAAUCCACAAUACAAUAACAACCGUAACAGAAUCAAUGAAAGACCGCAUCAAUUCGGGCGUUCAACCAGCGUGCAGAAGACAACAAACUGUGCAAAUACGAAAAUAAAUAACAAUUACUAAAUAAGCAAUAAAUAUUGAGAACAUGAGAUGAAGAAUCCUUGAAAGUAACUCAACUGGCUAUGGGAACAUUUCAGUGAUGGGGCAAGUGAAGUUGAGUGAGGUUACACACACAAAACGUUGGAGGAACUCAGCAGCUUCUCCUGCUGAAGGGUUUUGGCCCAAAAUGUCGACUGUACUCUUCUCCACUGAUGUUGCCUGGCCUGCUGAGUUCCUCCAGCAUUUUGUGUGUGUUGCUUGGAUUUCCAGCACUGCAGUUUUUCUCUUGAAUGAAGUUAUCCCCUUUAGUUCAAGAGCCUGAUGGUUGAGGGUAAUAACCAUUCCUGAACCCUGGUGGUGUGGGUCUUGAAGCACCUGUACCACCUUCCUGGUGGUUGAGGGGGUAAUAAGUGUUCCUGAACCUGGUGGUGUGGGUCCUGAGGCUCCUGUACCUCCUUCCUGAUGUUUGAGGGGUAAUAACUGUUCCUGAACCUGGUGGUGUGGGUCCUGAGGCUCCUGUAUCUCCUUCCUGAUGGUUGAGGGGUAAUAACUGCUCCUGAACCUGGUGGUGUGGGACCUGAGGCUCCUGUACCUCCUUCCUGAUGGUUGAGGGGUAAUAACUGUUCCUGAACCUGGUGGUGUGGGUCUUUGACAAAGUGCCACACAUGAGGCUGCUUACUAAGCUAGAAACCCAUGGGAUUGCAAGGAAGUUACUGGCAUGGUCAGAGCAUUGGCUGAUCGGUAGGAGUCAGGAAGUGGAAAUGAAAGGGUCCAUUUUUGGUUGGCUGUCAGUUACUAGUGGUGUUCCGCAGGGGUCGGUGUUGGGACCGCUUCUUUGUAUGCUGUAUAUAAAUGACAAGGUGAUGGAAUAGAAACAUAGAAAAUAGGUGCAGGAGUAGGCCAUUCGGCCCUUCGAGCCUGCACCGCCAUUUAUUAUGAUCAUGGCUGAUCAUCCAACUCAGAACCCUCUACCUGCCUUCUCUCCAUACCCCCUGACCCCCGUAGCUACAAGGGCCAUAUCUAACUCCCUCUUAAAUAUAGCCAAUAAACUGGCCUCAACUGUUUCCUGUGGCAGAGAAUUCCACAGAUUCACCACUCUCUGUGUGAAGAAGUUUUUCCUAAUCUCGGUCCUAAAAGGCUUCCCCUCUAUCCUCAAACUGUGGCCCCUCGUUCUGGACUUCCCCAACAUCAGGAACAAUCUUCCUGCAUCUAGCCUGUCCAAUCCCUUUAGGAUCUUAUACGUUUCAAUCAGAUCCCCCCUCAAUCUUCUAAAUUCCAACGAGUACAAGCCCAGUUCAUCCAGUCAUUCUUCAUAUGAAAGACCUGCCAUCCCAGGAAUCAAUCUGGUGAACCUUCUUUGUACUCCCUCUAUGGCAAAGAUGUCUUUCCUCAGAUUAGGGGACCA